UUCAACUGCGGCACAUUAUGGACUUUCCUUUGACUCUCCCAUUCGGAUCUUCGCCGGAUCUCAAACUUCUACGCCGCUGCAUACCGAAUUUCCCGAUCACCUCCGAUGGUCGGGCGAAGCUCCAUCCGCUUGUUCUUGGAGCCGGAGUUUCGCCGGCGAGACGGAGAUUCGCGGCGGCGAUUGCGAUGGUGAAACGAGCUCCGAUCGAUGGAGUAAGCAAUGAGCUGAAUCUGAUCGCGUCGGAGAAUCUAGAUCAAGCUCCAGCACGGCGGCGCGUCCGGUCCGCCUUCUUCGAUGUGCAGCAGCGGCUUGAUCAUUGUUUGUUCAAGAGGGCUCCUCCAGGAAUCAGAACAGAGGAGUGGUACGAGAGAAAUUCUAAGGGAAUGGAAAUUUUCUGUAAGAGUUGGUUGCCGGAACUAGACAUCGGAAUCAAAGCUGCGGUCUGCUUCUGUCAUGGUUAUGGCGACACUUGCACUUUCUUCUUCGAUGGCAUUGCAAAGCAAAUUGCAGCUUCCGGGUAUGCAGUUUAUGCGAUAGACCAUCCUGGUUUCGGUCUAUCAGAUGGUCUGCAUGGUUACAUCCCGAGUUUCGAUGAACUAGCUGAAAAUGCUAUCGAACAGUACACCAAAAUCAAAGGGAGACCCGAAUUGAGAGGUUUGCCCCGGUUCUUGUUUGGACAGUCAAUGGGUGGAGCUGUUGCCUUGAAAGUUCAUCUGAAGGAACCUCAAGCUUGGAAUGGACUUAUCCUUGUUGCCCCAAUGUGUAAGAUUGCAGAAGAUGUUAAACCUCCUCCACCAGUCUUGAAGGCAUUGAUCCUGAUGUCGACAUUAUUUCCCAAAGCAAAGCUCUUUCCAAAGAAAGAUCUGAGCGAUCUUUUCUUCAGAGACCCGACAAAAAGAAAAAUGGGUAGCUACAAUGUGAUCAGUUACGAUGACCAAACACGUCUUCGGACUGCAGUGGAACUUCUGAACACAACAAGAGACAUCGAGAUGAAGGUCGAUAAGGUCUCGUCGCCACUUCUGAUACUUCAUGGAGCUGCGGAUAAAGUGACAGAUCCUCUAGUGAGCAAGUUUCUUUACGAGAAAGCGACCAGCCAAGACAAAACACUAAAACUAUAUGAUGGAAGCUACCAUUGCAUUCUUGAAGGCGAAUCCGACGAUCGAAUUCUCGAAGUGAUCAGCGAUAUCAUCGAUUGGCUCGACGCCCAUUCCCCGGACGAGCGAGAAUAAAUCCACACUGUUUUCCAGAAUUUUUUCUAAAUCCAUAUUCUCCAAAUUUGAUAUCAUCUUCAAGAUACCAUAUAUCUCAUAUUCUUCAAGGUAUGUUAUAUCUCCUAACAGUUUUAAACUAUAGUUUACCAUUGUUGGCAUAAUAAUCUCUACAUAAUUUGCAGAAAAUAUUAUGGAGAAGAAUGCAUUUUUA